AUGGCUAACGCUUAUCAGAUAAUAGAUCAUAAUAGUUAAAACAGUUUGUAUACCUAAAGGCUUUAAGACCAGAUCAAGUGAAUGAAAAGAUCCUAUAACUGAUGAUUUUCUGUAACGAAAUUAUAUAACUGGUAAGAUGGCGACAUGUUCAAAUAAACCACGUCCAACAUGUUUAAAGGAAAAACAGAAUUAUACCACAUUGGACAGACUUUUGAAGGACGUGGCUGAACCAGUUGUUAGAAAAAGAUUUGACAAAGAGUUUGAUCCUACAGCGUUACAGAAAACUCUAAACAGAGAAUCAUUGAUAUUAAAGAAACUUGUUAAUAGAAAACAAUGGAAUAUAUUAUUCCCACCACGAGGUCAAAAGCCAGUUUGUUCCAGUGAUUUUGAUUUGACAUUGAUGAUUUUGCUGAUAGGAAAUCUCACUCCGAUUCAGAUAGCAGACAGACUUCCUGUUCCCAUUGAUAUAAGUACAGGAGCAGAUAUAUCUAGGAUAAAAUACUACAGAAAUGAGUUGGCACAUUGUAACGGGAAGAUAUCAGACAUUGAAUUCGAGCAGAAAUGGAUGGAAAUUUAUCAGGCUAUAGUAAGACUUGGUGGUGAAACUUACAAAGAAAUAUGUGCACAACUUAGAGUUAAAUCUCUUUCAAGUGGAAAAGAAUAUGGAAUGGAAAAUAUUCAUCAAGAAAUUAUUGAAGAUUGGAAAAAAAUAGAAACAAAAAUGAUUGAGACAAAGGCCAUAAAAGAGUUGAUAAAGGUGACCAAAAAGAGCAAUUUCAUAGCUGUAAUUGGACCAUCUGGUUGUGGAAAGUCUACUGCUGCUCAUCAGGUUGCUCUUUUACUACAUAGAAAUGAAGGUUACCAAAUCAUACCCUCAAAUUUUCCCACGGACAUUACACAAUAUUAUAACGAAUCAGAAAAACAAGUGUUUGUCUUUGAUGAUGUUUGUGGUAAAUAUUCGCUUGAUUAUGAUCUUCUUAAUAAGUGGAAAAAAUUAAGUACCGAGUUAGAUAAAAUCAAACAGUGUGAAAAUGUUAUGAUACUGGUGUCAAGUAGGUCAGACAUUUUCUAUCAGUUCAAAGAAAUGCAAUUUCUGUUCACAGCACACUUCGAUAUGUUAUCAAAUGACUAUAGCUUAUGUGACAAUGAACGUUUUCUAAUGGCGGAAGCUCAUAUAGGAGCUGAACACGCUGAAAUCCUCAGAGAAGCAAGUCUUUUUAACAUGUACGAUUUCUUUCCCCUUCUUUGUCAAAUAUUUGCUACUGAAAAAGAUAGAAACAUUAAGGAAUUUUUCUCACAGCCUGUGAAAGUUAUCAAAGAAGAAUUGACUUUAAUGAAAGAGGAAAAAGAUCAAACGUCUUUUGCUGUCUUGGCACUUUUUGUAAUUUAUAACAACUGUAUAACCGAUGAAGUUCUGUCUCCAACAUCUAGCAUUAAAACCAUACUUAGUGACAUUGCCGAAGAAUGUGAGAUGGCAACCCAACUAAAUAUCAAAGUCGUAAGGAAACACUUGGACAUUUUUCUUCAUUCGUAUGGGAAGAAAAACGGAUCUAGUUAUAUGAUAAUGCACGACAAAUUAUUUGAUAUUUUUGUGUCCUUUUAUGGUGAACAUCUGCUGGACAUUAUUCUUACUCACUGUAUUUACCCUGUUAUAUUUACACGGUUCCGGUUACAAUCUGUGGAAGAAACAGACGAAUUCAUGAUCAAAGUCCCAGUGGAAAAACAAGCAAAGUAUUUCCAACGUUUAUUUCAUUUUUCUAAUUCAAAAGAUUUUGGCAACAUAUUUUGGCACACUCAUUUCAAAAACAGAACAUUUCAACAGCAGUUCCUGAAAAUUUUAUCUGAAUACCAAGAUUGUCGUGAUUUUUGUCUAUCAUUAUCUGAUACAGAAUCUUCGCCAUUGUUUAUCACUGUUGCACAAGGUUAUAAUGAUAUCACAAAAGUUUUGUUAGAUAUGGGUAUGAAUGUUACCGUAUAUAAUGAACUUCAAUUAACCCCUCUAGCUUAUGCAGCAGGAAGAGGUUGUGUUGAAACAUUAAAGUUAUUGCUAAAAAACGGUGGCGAUUUGAAAAAACAAAACAAGCAAAGGCAUUCUUUCGACUUGAGUUUAGCAGUUACACAAAUUUUGUCUGUUUAUUGUUACGUUUCAAAUUUUUCUAACAUAUCCAUUACACAAAUUUUGUCUGUUUAUUGUUACGUUUCAAAUUUUUCUAACCUAUCCAUUAUGAAUGAUCAAAAGGUUUGUAUUAACAUUUAA